GAGCAGGCAAAAGGGCAUUAUUUUUAAAUCUCAGCCAGGUGCUUAUAUGAAAGUGGUGCUUGUGCCUGCAGUAAUAUACACCAGGCGCGGGUUCCCUCACACUUGCUCCUGUUAAAGAGGAGGACUGCAGUGGCGGAUUCGGUUUAUUCCUAAACUGUGUUAGAAACAGCCAUAAUGUUUGGUUAUGGGCACAAUCAUUUUACCUGGAGUGGAACUCUGAAGGAGCUGGGGGGAUGCUGUCCAACCCUCUGCACAGAGCAAGGACGAGUAAGAAUGUCAGCCUCCCCAAGCACCUCGAGCGGCUUAGAGGUCCUGCUUUCUGCCCUGCAGAAUGAAGGGGAUGUGGAGAGCACCUUGAAUAUCCUCAAUGUCCUGGAUGAACUUCUGUCAGCCGGUACCGAUCGACGUAUCACGUAUUUGAUCAGUAAAGGUGGCAGUGAGGCCUUGCUAACCUUGCUGGUCAAAACUGGCCGCAGUUUCUGUCCCAACUACACUAUUCUGCUGCCACUACUGCACCUGCUGGCCAAAGUUGGACACAGAGACAAGCGUAUUGGUAUAAAAGCAGAGGAGGCUGACGCUGUUCUGCUGACCCUCAAUCUCCUUAAACACAACACCAAACAUGCCAGAAGGGCCGCAGCCUGUCUCUGGGUCAUUCAAGUGUUUUCGUCAUCAGUUUCUACAGCAAACCUCAUCGGAGAAAACCACGGACUGGAUGUAAUCUUUCACUUCAUCCCUCAGUAUUCCACCAAACAUCUGCACACCAUCAAGGCAGCAAUCAAUGCCUUCGCAGCUCUGCUGUGCACAAAGGCGAAUGUUUCUUCAGUGGUGUCUAAGGGUUACGUCUCUGGCUUGUUAAGGCUGUACGAGGACUGGCACAGUAAAGAUACCAAACAUGCUGCCAUAGAAAUUCGCCACGCGCUGCUUCGCUGCCUCCAUAAAGCCACCCGCAUUGCUGGAGGUAGACAGGCCUUUGUUUCCCAUGGAGGCCUCAGACUGUUAUAUCAGACCACACAGACAGGUUUGUUGAGUAAAGGCAUGGAGUGUCUGACAGAGCCCUCCGUACAGCUGUUGAGAAAGUGUCUUCCCAAAACGCCUCUACCACUGAAAUCAGAUCAGUCUGCAUACACCUUCCCUCUUCCCGGAAGACCUGCCCUUGAUGUGGAUGUGGCACCAGAUAAGAGCAGUGAGGAGAGUGAUGAUGAAUAUGCUGAUAACCAAGAGGCAGAGAACAGAGAUUAUGAUGAAGACUUGGAGACCGACCUGAACAUACUUUGUCAUCGUCCAGACCCGGAUAGACCUAAAGGGCUGCUGCAACAGUAUGGACGCCUCUGUCCUGAACUCUCACACGACUUUGAGGAAUUGGUUCUGAGUUCAAAGCCAGAGAAGAGCUCGCCAUCACCAUCAUCGUCAUCAUCGUCAUCAACAUCAUCAGAUGAGGAAACCGUGCUGCAAAGCACUUUCUCUGCUAACUUGUCCAGGAAGGACAGGAAGAAGAGCAACUUCAGCAGUGAUUCAUCCACCUCUUCUUCAUCUCACUCAGAGACAGAGGGAAAAACACCAGCCACUGCCCAGUUAGAAGCCUGUGAUUUCCACAGUCACAGCAGCAUCUUAGCCUGCAGGACCAUGGUUCCAGAUGUUAGGGGAGACACCCCUGUAGGUCUGGGAGGAAAAGAGCCGGUUGAUGAGGAGGAGGAAGAAGACGAAGAAUUCCGCCAUUGUCCCAUAAUAGACAGGUUAUUGAAGAGACACGGAGCCUGUAUUUCGCACCAUGACCCCAAGCUGUACCGAGCUGCAGCUGCCAAAACCAAGUCGAUUCCAGAGUUCAGCAUCCUGGCUUUCCCUGAUUUCUGGGGUCACCUCCCUCCCCCAGGAAAUGAACGCAUGGCCCCUCGCAACCCCAACACACAAAGACAGAAAGUGUUCAACGAUAUCCAGCGUUUCUUGAAUGCUGCUGACAUCAUUAAUCAAGUUGUCUACGACCUAGAGGACAGCAGUCUUCAGUGUCCAUCUGAUUCUUUGAGGUUUUUCUCAAAGUUUGAGUGUGGGAACUUGAGGAAGGCAGUUCAAAUCCGCAGAUAUGAAUAUGACCUCAUAUUGAACUCCGAUGCCAACUGUUCCCAACACAGCCAGUGGUUCUACUUUGAAGUCAGUAAUAUGGUAGCUGACGUUCCCUACCGUUUCAAUGUCAUCAACUGUGAGAAAUGCAACAGUCAGUUCAACUAUGGAAUGCAGCCGGUGCUGUACUCAGUAAGAGAAGCUCUGGAAGGUAACCCACACUGGGUGAGGACUGGAACUGAAAUUUGUUAUUACAGAAACCACUAUUGUCCUGCUCAGGACGGAAGUAGAGCGACCUUUUAUACUCUGACCUUCACCGUCACCUUCAAACACAAUGAGGACGUGUGCUACCUGGCCUACCAUUAUCCCUACACAUACUCUGCUCUGAAGGCUCAUUUGAAGGUGCUGCAGAAAUCCGUGGAUCCUUCCAAGGUGUUCUUCCGGCAGCAGAGUCUUUGCAACACGUUAGCUGGAAACCCGUGUCCACUGGUCACCAUCACUGCCUGUCCUGCCAGCAGAGCCUGGAAAGACAUGCACCAGCUACGUAAUCGCCCCUGUAUCAUGCUGACGGCCCGUGUCCAUCCUGGUGAGUCCAAUGCCAGCUGGGUGAUGAAGGGCACCCUGGAGUUUCUGUGCAGCAGUGAUGUGGUGGCCCAGAGUCUGAGGGAGGCUUUUGUCUUCAAGAUAAUCCCCAUGCUCAACCCAGACGGAGUCAUCAACGGCACGAAUCGCUGUGAUCUCAACUGUGAGGAUCUGAACCGUCAGUGGCGUAAACCGGACCCUGUCCUCAGUCCAACCAUCUACCACGCCAAAGGCUUCCUGUAUUACCUCAGCAGUGUGGGGCGGACUCCACUGGUUUUCUGCGACUACCACGGUCACUCCAGAAAGAAAAACAUGUUUCUGUACGGCUGCAGUGUGAAGGAGACUCUCUGGCAGUCUGGCUCUGCAGUUGACACGUUGAGGUUUAAAGAGGACCCAGGAUAUAGAACCAUUCCAAAGACACUGGAUCGUAUUGCACCAGCCUUUUCUUUCAACAGCUGCAGUUAUUUGGUGGAGAAGUCUCGCUCUGCCACAGCCAGGGUGGUCGUCUGGAGGGAGAUGGGUGUGUUGAGAAGUUACACCAUGGAGAGCACUUACAACGGCUGUGACCAGGGAAUAUACAAGGGCCUGCAAACAGGAACCAGGGAGCUGCAGGAGUUGGGGUUGAAUUUUUGCCACAGUCUGCUGUCUGUAACCAAAGACACGAGGGCUCUUUUCAUAAAGCCACUCUUAAACCACUUCGACCUGGGUCACAAAAUCAUGGACCACAACUCUCACAACUGUUUUGAAGAUGACGAGCCUCCGUGUGUCGAGGAGAUCGAGUACUCAACGGACUGUCCCAAACUGAAAGGCACGGAUCUGGAUUCGGAUGUCAAUAGCAACAUGGCCCGUGCAGACGAAAAGGAAGACGGCGAUGGUGAUGACGGGGGUCACAGUGGAGCAAAGCAGCGGCAAAGCAGCUGUGGUCAGCCACAGCAGUCAAGCAUGAAGGGCCGUAUAUUCCCUCACUCAGAGUCAGUUGAGAGGAGAAACCCGUGUAAGGGUGUGAGCAUCAUCAAUGGACAAAUCACAAGCUAAAGGGAUAUGUCUUAAUUUUUACCUGAGGUGCAAGUGUAGUCAGAAGCUGGGCAUUGUUUUCAUCUAUCUGUGUGUGUGUGUCCAGAUGAUUAACAUAUAUCUGACUGGUCAAAGGUCAAGAUCAACAAAAAUAUACAAAAUGCACUUUUUCAAACACAUCUUUACAAAUAACGUGGCUCGAGAGAGAGACAAUCCAGACCUUACAUUGAUCACAAAGUAAUUCCCAUGAGUGAGUUCAUGAAUAAGAAAAUGGUUCCAAAAAUCAAUUUUUUCAACUUGUCAUGCAGACUUGUGUAUAUAUAUACAUAUAUACACAGCUAACAGUAGACAUAACUGAAGAAAAACAUCUGUUGUCACAAACAAACUAGGACUCCUCAUACGCAACAACAGCAACACUAUUUUACUGUGGACUGAAUUAUCUUAACGAGUGAAUUACAACCACAGCACCUAAAAACAAGCAUACUACAUGUUACAAUGUUUUCCUUCAACCCAGUGACAACGAUCAAUCUGAUGAAUUUAUUUUUGAAGAUCAAUACUUCCUGAUCCUUAAAAAAAAGAAUUAAUGAAUUCAUGUGUGUAUAUAUAUGUAUAUUUAUGUGUUGUUGUUUUUUUUUUUUAGAUGACUGUGUUUUAUUUUUGUUUGCACUUAAAGAAAAUGGCUCAUUUCGACUCGUUGGUACGUUGGAUAGUCGGUUUGUAUUUAGCAGAUCAAACUGCGUUGAUUGUUGCUGUUGUGUCCAUUUGCUUGUAGGGAUUUACAGGAGUUUUGGAUUACUUGAAAACACAUCAGCAUUAGUUGUUGUUUGUAGAAACCUGUGUAUAAAGUGUAGUAGCACUCAGGGGUGAUGUUGCAUAUUGCACCCAACUCUACUAAUUUCUGACUUCUGCAAACAAACUGCUCCUGUGUGAUAUAUAAAGGAAAACACAAAUUCAUGAAAACAAAAGACAAUUUUAAAUAAGAUAUUCAAUUUCCGUUGUUCAAUUGUUCUCCCUAGAUUCCACACACCAUCUACAGUAUGUUUACAUUCAGUGCCAAAGCAUGGCAAAAAAAGUGAGGUAGCGGACGUCAAGAUGAAGCACACAGUUUUGAUGUCGGUGCCCUGUUUUCUGCCAGCAAUCAUAGUUUAUCUACAUCCUUGACCUUUCUUAACUUGAAGAGGAUGCGUCUUAGUGUCCCCUACAGAGGGAUAACAAGGCACGACUUGAUGACAUAAAUGAAGAGCACCAGUAGCAGUUGAGAUGGUUUUAAGUUGAAUGUUUUUCAUCAGUCCCAUUGAUUCCUCAAUGUUCCCUUUUAUUCAUUGAAACUAUUCAUUUGCAUCUAUUUUAUAUAGAUAUGCCAACUUUUCCACCUCCUUCAACUUUAAUAAAAUAUUUUAAGACUU